ACAAACUGUUUACAUUGAAAAAAGUUCUUUUCGACGCGAUUAAGUUAGGCCAUUAUUAUAACCGAAUUAUUUAGUGUACCAUUGUUUUUCUUGUACUGAGUUAAUUUUAUAUCGUGAUAGAAAUGGCCGAUGAUGCGUUGUUUGAUUUUCUACAUAUGGAAAUCGUCAGCCAUGUAACAAAAUCCGAUGCUGGUCUACUUCAAGAUGGAGAUGAAGCCAUGUCCAAAUUAGAACAGAUUGGUUAUUCCACUGGUUAUCGAUUCAUAGAAAGGCUGACCAAGGAUUUAUCAAGGUUUAAAGAUGAGCUAGAAGUGAUGAAAGCAAUCUGCAAAGAUUUUUGGACUGCAGUUUUCAAGAAACAAGUUGAUAACCUGCGAACAAACCAUCAAGGUGUAUAUGUGCUGCAAGAUAACAAGUUCAGGUUCCUUGCAUCAAUUUCCAACAGCAGGCAAUACCUUGAAUUAGCACCUAAGUAUUUAGUUUUUACUUGUGGUUUGCUGAGAGGUGCUUUGGCUUCUUUAGGUCUAACCUGCAUUGUUACUGCUGAAGUGACCACAAUGCCAGCUUGCAAAUUCCAAGUUCAUCUCCAAAGAGCUUAAUCAAUAAAUUUAUUGCAUACAUUUUUUUUAUCUUG